CUCAAGUUUACAUCAUAAUACUCUUUCACAAUGGUUGUGGGAAAGAUGAAGUUCACUUUUCAGAAAAGGGUGAAGUUGGCCCAGGGUUUGUGGCUGCUCUCAUGGAUGGCAACUCUGGGUGGAGCGGUUACCUUCACUUUAGGAUGCUUCCUAAAGACUGAGCUUCGAAGGAGGGGAGAGGUAAUGGACAACACAGACAUCCACUGUGUGCCCAACACCUUGAUGAUUGUGGGUCUGGCUUCAAUGGGCAUCAAUUACUUUGCCAGUCGAAUCUGCCAGGACGCCCUAGAUGCUGGGCGUUUCCCACGAUGGAAGACCUUCCUGAAGCCCUAUUUUGGAUGCUCGAUAUUCUUCACCACCCUCAUGCUGAUUUCAGUCAUCUUGAGUUACGCCAUGAAGGGCAGCCUGGAGUCCUCGCUGAAAGUCGGCUUGAAGAACGGUAUCCGCUUCUACAAGGACACCGAUACCCCUGGCCGCUGCUUCCAGAAGCAGACCAUUGAUCGCCUUCAGAUGGAGUUCCAGUGCUGUGGUAACAGCGACUACAAGGAUUGGUUUGAGGUGCAGUGGAUCAGCAACCGUUACCUGGAUUUCAGCUCUAAGGAAGUUAAGGACCGCAUUAGGAGCAAUGUGGAUGGCCGCUAUUUGGUUGACGGCGUGCCCUUCAGUUGCUGUAACCCUAGUUCUCCCAGACCCUGUAUCCAAUACAAAAUCACCAACAACACUGCCCACUACAACUACGAGCAUGAGACCGAAGAACUCAACAUCUUCAUUCGUGGUUGCAGAGAAGCCCUGGUCAACUAUUACAUGGGUCUGAUGAACACUAUUGGAGCUGUAGUUCUGUCUGUCUUUCUGAUUCAGAGCUCAGUGUUGGCCAGUGUGCGCCUCCUGCAGACGGCUAUGGAGGCCGUUGCUGGACAGGAGAAUGUGGAGAUCGAAACUGAGGGCUACUUGCUUGAGAAAGGAGUGAAGGAGACCAUCAUGGAGUAUGUAGGUCCUGUGCUGAAUCUCCUGUGGCUGAACGAGGUAGCCCCUCCUGCAGCCGAAGCAGGGGCCGCUGGUACGACCGCCACCAGCUAAAGAGUCAGAUUCAUCUGACCACUGAAAUCUUUCCAGUUGGAGGCUGAGAGUGCUGACAACUAAUCAAUGAAAUUAUUUUUUGGUAUUUUUAUAUAUAUAUCCAUUUUAAUGACCUAAUCGCAUAUCUCAAAGCAUUGUAUACUUCAUUAAUACUCUAAAAUGGUUACUUUAAAAAUAAAUGAACAGUAUUAAAAUUUGACCCAAUUUGGUGAGAAGUCUUUUGAAUGAUGAGUGAUUCCACUGUCAAUUCUGCAGCACUCUACCCCUAUGUUUUAUGGCAAAUAUAUCAUAUUGCUAGCCUUGGGGUGAGUAAACGUCUGUUCAUUCCUGUCAGGAGAAACCUGGUGCAGCUAUGCCUGGGAAAUGACUAGCAAUGUGCUUAAAUUUCCACCAUGAAUGGUUGAAUAUUUAAGAGUGACCGAGCAGUUGUCAUAACUGAAAGUUCUAUUACAUUUACUUCCCGUUUACAGAGUCAUACACCUAAAAGAGGCUGAUUCACUAACAUAUCCUAUUUUGUAAUACUACUGCUACCACAUUUGUAAAUGAUUGUAAAUUGGAAUAACAGAAACAUGCAAACUGCCCUUGUGAAAAAGAAAUGUGCUUAAUUGCAGUAAAUGUGCACUUCUAAAAAACUGUACUUGCAGGUAAUAUAAUAUGAAUGAAAUAAAAGGUCAGUACACUUAUAUUUGACAAAUUAAAAUGUUACUUUAAAGUUUUUUUGUGCUUUAAAGAAGUACAUUUAUUUUGAUGUGUUGACUAACAUACUAGAGCACAUGUAAAGUACUUUUUUAUAAAUUUAACUGUAGUGUUAUUCGAUAUUACAUUUAAAUUUAAUAUUUUUAAAUGUACUAAAUUGCAACUUCAUUACAAAUGUGUAAUUACAAAUAUAUCUAAAUACAUGACACACAUUUCAAAAGAAAUAUUUUAAUUUACUUUCGACAGCACAACAGAAGUCAUUUUUAAAUUACAUAUAAAUAUGUACUUAAGUCCUACUUAAGUGGGUGAAAAAGCACUCUUAAGUUCAACUAAUCACAUUUAAUAUAAAAUUAAACUAAAAUACAUUUUCAUUUCAUUGUAAAUAACAUGAAAUUAAAUAUAUGAAAACAUUAAAUUCAACUUGCACUUAAGUAAAUUCUUAUAUUAUUUCAUUGAUAAGUAAAAAUAUGCUAAAAGUACUUCUUUUUCACAAGGGUAAACUCCUUCUAAUAAUCUUACACUGUAUACUACCCACAACAUGAUAAAGUUUUCUCUUCCAAAACAAAGCCACAACCUUGAUAAACGAUAGAACACAUUGUUACUUGGUUUCCAUUUCUUUGGCUUCACACUGGUUAGCCCCGCCCACAGUAAAAUCUCAUUGGCCUAAAAUCUUGAGAGGAUGCUCACUGCAGAGCCAAUGGGUGGAGCUAGAUCACACCCAUAAUCUUAUUGCUAAACAUAACUCCACCCACCCAUUACGUUCAGAGAGGAGGAGCUGGACGUCAUUUGGCUCUGCAGUGAGCACCACUUGAAAAUCUCCACAUUGCUGAUUAAUCAAUAUGUUCUGAUUUAGAUUGCGUGGUAUUUUCGCUUGCAAUGUGGAUAAGCAAAUUAUUUGAUGCUGGAAAUGAUUAAUUAAAAAAAAAUAUAUUUAAUCACAUGUGAAAUAAGUUAUUAAAAAUCUGAAGCCACAAUUUUAUAUUUUCUUUUCAUUCAGUGUUAACUGCAUGUUGUAAACAUACAUACUUAAUUGUCAUUAAGUAAUUUUUUGGUUUUACAUUCAGCAUGGAAUUAAAUGCAUUGUAAGUGUUAAAGAUGGUGUAGAUGAUGCUCAAUGCUCUGCUAUGAAACACUGUACUGCACUCGCAGAACUCUACAGAAAUCUGUCAGCUCUAAUAAAAUCUGACAUUUUGAACUGA